AUGCGGCCAGUGUUGCUGAGCAUCUUGCCAUUCUCGACUGUCGCUCGCUGUUGGAGAUACGGACCUGAAGGGUUACCUCCCUGCGUUGCAGACUGCAACAAGUCCCUUGCCAAACAAGGACUCAUUCCACACGGCAUGAAGACGGUGUGCGAGACGUCAGAGCUUCAACGGGUUCAUUUUCAGUGUUUGAUCAAUCGAUGUAGUCCCAAGUCGUAUGGCAAGGCAUUGGCGCACUCAAUCUCCACAUGCCACGGCAUGGGCCUCGACAUCAUCCCUCUGCAUCCGAUAGAAGUUCGUCAGUACCUCCCCACGAAACGAAAUGGAAUGGACGACUCCGACAGAGACGUGAAGAGAAACCUUCUUGCCAAUGUGGCCCGAGCAUUUCCAUCUACUCCAGGUUUCUCCAUGGAGUUGACUUGCAACGUUGGCCAGGAUGGUCUUGUGGUGAUGUCAAUCGGAGAGCAGCCUGCUGCUAUGACAUCGAGCACAAGCAGUCGUCAAUGGACGGGAGAUGUGUCCAUGACAUGCGACCACAAAAACCGCGAACAGAGCUAUUCUUUUGGAAGACCCUCGGGUCACCAGCAGCAGUGA